GGAAAAUGCACGUGCUGACAUCUAACACUUGAUUGGCAAUCGCGUUGCAGAACGCUGUAGGUAAGAGUGUGAUGUAAAUACGAAACAAUUCGUAGCUACGUGGAAACAUCAGAAUACUUGAGAACGAAUUGUGAGGAAGAUGACAGCAACGAAUUACUUGGACAUUAAUAAAUUGUUCGAGGAGUACACGAUAAAAGAGAUCGAAGGGAUCCAAAAGAAGAUUCAAUAUGAGAGCGACAGGAAAAAGAUUGAGCUUAGAACUUUAGUUGGUGAAAGAUAUCGUGAUCUGAUAUUGGCUGCAGAUACAAUUGGGAAAAUGAAGAUAACAUCUGAAAGAGUUAUAUCAAGAAUAAUCAAUAUUGAAGACAAAUUCAGGGAAUUACAGAAAAAGUACCUUAUUGGGUUUAAAAUAGAUUCAAUUGAGAAUGAAGAUGAUAGGAAUAUUGAAGCAAGCCAAGAUUCAAUUAUCAUUCAAAUAAAAAUCUUAAUGGAUAUACCUCAAUAUAUUUGGUCUAGUAUUGAGAACAAGGACUUAUUAUUUGCUACACAAUUGUAUUUAAUAGCUCAACAUAUAAAUUAUAGUCUAUUGUUUGAAGUGGGAAACACAGACUUAGUACUUAAAUACCCAAUUGUAUCUAAGCAAUGGGAUGUUAUUAGUCAGUUCAAAACUAUUAUAUUCAAUGAAUGUAACAAUGUGUUGCAAUCAUUGAAUGUACAAUCAGGGAGCAUAGCAAACUGUCUAACAGCACUUGUACUGUUAAAUGGAACUUCAUCCUCAGAUUUGUUAGAUAAAUUAAUAUCAAUGCGUAAUCAUGCAGUUGAAUCUAUUGUUAGAGACGAAAAUGAUAAUAGUGUUAAGAAGAAAAUAAAAUUGUGUAUUGAAAUAUUGAUUCAAACGAUUAGUUUGAUCUAUUCUUGUUUCAUAAAUUCAGAUGAAAAGUCAGAAGGUCUUGUUUCACAAUAUUUAACAAAAAUUCAAGACCAAGAAACAUACUCUCUGCUCUCUCAAUUAAAUUUGAAUCAAGAAUUAUUGACGGAAUUUCUUCCUCUUGUGACCAAACAACACAAACCGUUUGCCACACAUACUUUUGAAAAUUUCUCUAUACUCGAUCUUCAAAAAAGCAUUAAAACCUGGCUUGAUUGGGUAGCUGAAUUUUGCAAUCGCGAAAUUACGAAACUUUUUGAUUUAAUAAUAUCCAUAAAAGGCUUAUACUAUGUCCGUGAAGAAGCUGUCAGCAUUAAUCUACCUGAGAAUUGGAAUUCAAUAUGGGAGGAGCUCUCUCUUCCAAAAAUAACCUUCUGGGUGGAAUUCUUUCAACCUUUAAUAUCACAUAGAGUAAAACGUAUCAUAGACGAUAAAUGGAUGGACACUACUACUACAUUAAAGUCUGACAUGAUUGAACUAUUGGGUAAAGUACUUUGCGAUAAAUUCGAAUAUCCAGAACACGAUCUACGAUGGUUCGUUUGGAAAGACUCUCCAAGUGACAUUCCUCAAAAACUUACUAAGAAUGGUGGCUUAGAUAAUAAAAGAUCUCUAUUAAUGAAAACCAAAGGAUAUUCGCCAAAUAUUCUGAAGCUUUGUGAAAAUUUUGACUCAAAUUUGCACGCUCUACUAGAAGAUCUUGAACAAUACUUGUACGAAACAGAGCGCGUUAUGUCUAUCAAGGACAAUCUAUUAUCCACAAAUAUAUAUUUAAUUUCAGAUUCAUUUUCUGAUCGCUCUGAAAUUCAAGAACAUUUACGAAUUACUAGUACCGAUAUGAUUGAAGAUUUUAUCAAUUUUGCAAAGACAACAUGUAUAAAUGAUAAGCCUGAACACGGUCAACGUAAUAUAAAUGCUGUUAUAACAGCAAGGUUUCUUCUAGCAUUGACAACAUUAAGUUUGAAUUUGAAUAAAUGUUUCACACUUUCAAAAGUGUCAGGGUUAACUAUAACAAACGUUAAAUGGCAGUCAAUUUGUGAUAAAUUAAAAGAAGAAAGCACUUUCAUUUGGUCGAUCUGGGCCAAAACGUACAAAGAUAGGAUAAGUGAGCACAAGGAAAAAUUUUUAUCGAAGGAAUCACUAGAUGGUUAUCCAAUACAUUUAAUUAUAUCAGAAUGGGAGAAAGUGAUUAUCGAAGAGGAUUCUGGAGAGGGAAGAAGAAUGAAGUCAGAAAUUUUAGUACCGCAUCAACCGUCCAUACAGUUACAGAAAUUCUUAACUGCUAUUAAUAAAGAUUUGAAUAAAGUAAUACCCCAUACCCUUCCAAAAAAAGUGCUACAUGAAAUUAUAGAAGACGUUGUGACGGAGUUACUAAAUUAUUACCUAACCGCGUCAAGUAAUGCCAGUCUUUCUCAGAAACAAGCCUUCCAAGUAUUGUUCGAUAUAAAGUAUUCUAGUCUUUUUAUGAUACCCCGUGAAAAUAAAAUUUUAUCAGAACUAUCAACCAAAGCUUCUGACAGUAUAUUGUCAAAAAUCGAUCCAUUCGAUUACGAUGUUUUCAACCCUUUCAUUCAUGUUAACGUAAAGAAAAGCAUUCAAAGAUCUCUGCUCAUAUUAGGAAACCUAGUACCUCAUUUGGAGCAAUUACAUUCGGUUUUAGGAGCACGAAACGAAUACAGUAACACUGAAAGCGUGAAAUCGGAUUUGCCUUCAGUUCUAGCUUUAUGUACUGGUGCGCCAUGGUUCCCACCUUUAACAGUAACAGCUCCAGCAAGAAAUUUGCCUCUUGUUACUGUAACUUUACCAGAAAAGACACAGCGCAAAAAAUCCACUAACAAGGAAAAUACGAAAAGUGAUUCAGCCGGAGCGACGAUCAAAUCUGGAGCAGCGGCAUUUUUCGGAGCGAUGGGUUCGGAUUGGUUUGGCAGUAGCUAAUUUAUUUAUUUAACUUGAUAUAAAAAUUGUAAAUAUUUUAUUAUAUAUGUAUAUAGGUGUU